ACCAGGAGGCCCGCAGCAGUCGUAGUACCGGAGGAAGUGAUGCGCGACUUGGAGUGGGGAUAGGAAGCGGUAUCAGAUUAAAGAGGUAUAGUGCUCUUGUCAGUUCCGAUUUUGACGUGUCCGUGGCCGGUGUCCUUGAAGAUGCUUCCUUCCAGUGACUAACAUGUCAAAUUUAGUUUUAAUAUUUUUAUUAAUGAAUUUGAACAUCGUUCACAACAAUGACGGUGACGGAUGGGGUGGAGAUAAAGUGGUUUGGACAAAAUUCAAUCUGAUUCCAAAGCCGGUUUUAACGAACUUCACUAAAAGUUUUCAUAGCGUUUUCAAAAACUCUUUGACGACGAAAGCGCCCAAGAUCAGUGCCAAACUAAACCAGACAAUCUCUAGGAACGUGACCGUCGACAAGAAAGGUUUAUUGAAUGUCACGAACGAGAGAAAGGUCCCGAUGGACUCCAUCACACUGUCCUCUAAAGUCGUCGGGUUCCCGGAAGACCGCACUGUGCCUAACCGAAGACCUCUGCUGACCUCCACGCUCCCGCCAGCCGACGCCCGGAGACGUCGAAGGCCCGUCAUCAGGUACGAAGAGGAGUCCGAAGAGGAGGAGGAUGAUGAGGAUGAAGAUGAUGAAGAAGACAUAACAGAUGAGUUCGAUGUCGACGAUGAUGACGAUGAUGAGGAUGAAGAGGAGGAGGAGGUGGAGGUUGUCGAGGAGGUGCCAGGGGCGACAAUUGAUAUCAAACAUGAGUACGAGGAUGCAUCAUACGUAGAACCAGUGGCCAUCAAAAAGACGAAAAGAAUAAAAAAGAAGUCUAAGAAGUACUUAAAACUAAAGGAUUUCAAGAAACUGAGGAAGUUCAUGCUGCCGCUGUUGUUGGCGUACAAGUUGAAGUUCUUCACUCUGAUUCCCUUACUACUAGGAGGCCUUGUGCUAAUAGUAGGUACGACGGGAUUCGCAGGCUUCUUCUUCGCACUUUUUGCUGUCGGACUGGGACUGCAGAAGAACAACCAUGGUUGACCUCGAACUCAAACUGGUUCGGACAAUAUUUGCUCAUACCAAAGACACAGUGCAAAUAAAAAAAAAAUAAGUUUAACCGAAUGUCUGUGAGGGGCGUCUUUAUUAGUUUCCACUUACAUACCUGUCUAUUCGUGUGUAAUGUCAUUGAAAUAUAAUAAAUCUUUUAUGAAUCUUCAAA